CCGCGGGGCCGGGCGCGGAGCUGCGGGCUCGGGGGUGUGAGCGGCCGGGCAGGGCGCCCCCAGGAUGCUGCGGUUCCUGCGCAGGACCUUUGGCCGGCGGUCGAUGCAGCGCUACGGGCGAGGAGCCGGGCGCGGAGCCGGGCGCGGUGGGCUCGGCGGCGAGGGGGACGAGCGGGACGGGGGGCUGCGAGGAGCGGCCGCCGCCGCCGUCGGCUCGGGAGGCUUCCCCUCCUCGCCGCUCCCCGGAGGGGUCGUGCACAGCGCCGGAGCGCCCGUCCACAUCCCGGCGGCCGGCGGCAGCAAGCCGGUGCUGCAGUGCCGCGUCCUUCUCCUGGACGGCACCGAAGUCAACGUGGAGCUGCCGAAAAAUGCAAAGGGACAGGAGUUGUUUGACCAGAUUGUGUAUCAUUUGGACCUUGUAGAAACGGAUUACUUUGGCCUGCAAUUCAUGGAUGCUUCCCAAAUUACACACUGGUUGGACCAUUCAAAAUUCAUUAAGAAGCAAAUAAAAAUUGGACCUCCGUACACGCUGCAUUUUCGAAUUAAGUACUAUUCGUCAGAACCGAACAACCUUCACGAAGAGUUUACCAGGUACCUGUUUGUAUUACAGCUCCGGCAGGACAUUCUUUCAGGGAAACUGAAAUGCCCAUACGAAACUGCUGUUGAACUAGCAGCUCUGUGUCUUCAAGCUGAGUUGGGAGAGUGUGAGCACCCUGAGCACACACCAGAGCUCGUGUCUGAAUUCAGGUUUGCACCAAACCAGACUGAAGCAAUGGAAUUUGACAUUUUUCAGAAAUGGAAGGAGUGCAGGGGAAAGAGCCCGGCGCAGGCUGAAUUGUGCUACUUGAACAAAGCUAAAUGGCUAGAAAUGUACGGUGUAGAUAUGCAUGUGGUGAAGGGAAGAGAUGGUUGUGAAUAUGCUCUUGGACUGACACCAACAGGCAUAUUGAUCUUUGAAGGAGCCAACAAAAUAGGCUUAUUCUUUUGGCCUAAAAUCACAAAAAUGGACUUUAAAAAGAGCAAACUAACGCUCGUGGUUGUAGAAGAUGAUGAACAGGGCAGAGAGCAAGAGCACACAUUUGUUUUCCGGUUAGACAGUGCCAAAACGUGCAAACAUUUGUGGAAGUGUGCGGUGGAGCACCACGCUUUCUUCAGAUUGAGAGCCCCAGCAAAUAGCAAAUCUAGCAGAUCCGACUUCAUAAGGCUGGGAUCACGCUUCAGAUUCAGUGGGAGGACAGAAUAUCAAGCAACACACGGGACAAGAUUACGUAGGACUAGUACAUUUGAAAGAAGGCCCAGCAAGAGAUACCCUUCUCGGAGGCAUUCCACUUACAAGGCAAACAAUCCUGUGAAAGCAGCACAGCUGUGUGCUAAAAAUACUCCUGAAGUCCAUAACUAUCAGCCACAGUAUCAUCCUAAUAUACAUCCUGCUCAGCCACUCUGGCAUCCACACACACCUGUGAAUGUAAGGCCACCCUAUCAUGAUGACAGGCCCUAUUGGAAACCCCCCACAAGUGGAGAGGACAGCAAUUUACGGUAUAUCCAGGAACAGAACCAGAAGAAUUUAGGAGGAGUCCAAAGCAUGAUGUACCAAGAUAAACUCAUGACGACUCUCUGAAAAAGAGCCAUCUUCAUUUCACCUGCCAUCUUAGACAUCAUUGCAUUCCAUGGUCCUUGUCUGUCUGCAGUAUGUUCAAAGUGUAUUGUGCAUAAAGUGUGUGUCUUUGUAUGUACAUCCAUCUUUGUUUAGUGUUCGUGGACAUUCUUGGGAAAAGUGUUUUCCGUAUCUUUGUUAAAAAAAAAAAAAUCUUGAAAAACCUUUUUUGAAUUCUGGUAAGAAUUUUCAGUGCCCCAAGACCAGAAAUACUUCUGGGAGUUUUCAUUCUACCCUACUUUCAAAUCUGUGACCCUCUGCCUGCUGUUGAAGAUCAGACAUUUGUGCCUUAGUUAUUUUUAUUACCUUGUUUCUUUUGAGUCAAAUUGAUAGAUGAAGUUUGAGAACCUUAUUUUUUAGUUGGCAUGCAAAUAGGAGAUUGGAGGGAGAAAAAACCAGAAUUCAUACUAGCAAUCAAAUUGGCUUGUGGGCCACCAACAAAGGGAGCCUACUAAGGCAGUCAUAGGUUUGGAUGUCAUUUGUUUCUAAUUUUUGCAUUCUGCAGAAGAAAAUAGAGGUGCUUACCUAACUUUGAAAACAAGUAUAGGGAAAGAACACUGUAAUAAAUUUCACAGAGUCUGUGUAUAUCUUUUUUUUUUUUUUUUUUUUUUUUACUUACUGAUUAUAUUGAUAGCAUUCCCCAAUACCAUACCUGCUGCUAUAAAGGCAAGAAUGUUAAAAAUUAAUCCUUGCUAAAAGGGUGCUGCUGUCAUCUUAUUUUUAAUGUGAUUAUGAAAGUGAACUUUAUAAUUACAUGAAACUACCUACUAAUAACUUUCUCUGAGUGGGUUCGAAAACACACCAUUUAAUCAGUACAUUAAAAAAUGAGCACAUUCCAGUGGAAUAGCUCUGUCUUUUUAAAGUUAGACAUUUGUGAAGUUGAAUGUAUAUUUUACAGACCUAGGACUUUGAAUUGGACUGGCUGGUAUUUUGAUCACUUGCAGACUUUUUUGUUAUCUUUAAACCAAAAAUCUCAGUGCCAUCUUCACUUGUGCAUUUGUUUUAGUUAGGCCUUACAUCUGUGGUCUCUCUGAAGUUGUUGGAAUGAAUGAAUCUUCAUUUGGGAUGUUUUCAAAAUGAAGUAGUUUUUUAACUUGAUUUUGAUAAAUACACAUUUAUAAAUGGCUAUAAUGAAUUUUUUCAGAGCAAAUUUGAUAGUUUAUUACUUUUUGUGAAAUACAUUUGUUUACAAAUGCUAUCUUUUAUUAUUUGUUUUGAUCUUUCCUGUAUGUGCUAAGUACAAAUAAAUAAUGUCAAUCUUGUUGA